CAGUCGGUCUGGGGCCGUGAGGAGGGUCUCCGGCAGCUGGUAGAGCGGGCGGCGCUCGGUCGAAAGCCUAAAGCACACGCGUAGCCCGAUGCAAAACUCCCGCUGCUGCAUUCCCUGAGCGUCGCGAGCCGCAGUAGCUCCGGAGCUCGCGGCUCUGUAAAGUUUGCGAACUUGUUCUCGCUCGGCGGGCCCCUUUUCAGAGCACAGGGAGAAUACGGAGGGACGGCGCGGGGAGGCCGCUUCUAAUCUGCUCUGUUCCUAUUUUUGCCUUAUGGAACACGGUUGUUUCCUGUGACUUUUUGGUGGUGUCCCCCAAGAGCGCGUGUUUCUCCCCUCCCUGCCCCCUUGCUUGGUUCGGACUGGCCAUGGAGGUCCUGGAAGGUGGGGAGCAGAGUCUCUUACACUGGGAUCGAAAACUGAGUGAGUUGUCAGAACCGGUGGACUCCGAUGCCCUGCUGUACAACACGCCCUUCACGGAACUCCUCGAUGAUUUUUCCCAGGAUGUCUUGGGGCAGCUCUUGAACGACCCCUUCUUGUCUGAUAAACACGAGAUGAUGGAAGUGGAGCUCUCGCCGGCUUCUCCAGCACCGCUCAUUCAAGCAGAGCACAGCUACUCACUUUGCGGUGACUCUCGGCCCCAGUCUCCGCUCACUCACAUUUCGGCAGAUGACAAUUUCAAUGAAGCUGACUUGGAAAAUGAAGACUGGUGCCUGGGUUCAGAGCUGACUUCGGCUGCCAUAAAGACAGAGCCUGCUGUGGGAGAUGUGCCGGGCCUUGCUCCUUCAGUCACCCUCACAGCCGCACCCAGCCCCGUAGCCACGGGGCAGGAGGAGCCCCAGGUGCAGCCGGAGGACAUGGCUAAACACCUGAGUCACAAAGCUCUUCCAGAGAUCAAGCUAGAGCCACAUGAAGUGGAUCAGUUCCUGAACCUUUCUUCCAAGGAAGCAGUGGAUACCUUGCACAUGCCUCCAACGCCUCCCAGCAGCCACGGCAGUGAUUCAGAGGGCGGGCACAGCCCAGCAAGAUCCCUUCCGCCCUCGAGCCCCACACCAUUGCAGGCCACUGUGAAAGUGACAUCGCGCACGGCUUCAGCGCUCACCAAUUCACCUCUCCUAACAGCGCCGCACAAACUGCAGGGCACUGGUCCCUUGAUACUGACAGAGGAAGAGAAGAGGACACUGAUAGCAGAAGGAUACCCCAUCCCUACAAAAUUGCCCCUCACAAAAGCAGAAGAGAAAGCCCUGAAGAAGAUCCGUAGGAAAAUCAAGAACAAGAUCUCUGCACAGGAAAGCAGAAGGAAAAAAAAAGAAUACAUGGACAGCUUAGAGAAAAAGGUUGAGUCCUGCUCAAAUGACAACACUGAGCUUCGCAAGAAAGUGGAAGUUCUGGAGAACACAAACAGAACACUCCUGCAGCAGCUGCAGAGGCUCCAAGCCGUGGUGGCAGGCAAAGUGUCGCGCUCGUGCAAAGCCGCCAGCACACAAACGGGGACCUGUCUCAUGGUGGUGGUGUUAUGCUUCGCAAUUAUUUUGGGCAGCUUCCCGCAGAGUUACGGGCCUAAUUCCUCCAUCACAAAGGCAGCCCUGCCGCCCCAGCAUUCCACGCCAGAAUCAUACACAGCCUCUAUAGUGCGGUCAAGGAGCCUGCUGACCUACGAGGGGCCUCACGCGCUGGAGGAGCAGCCCUUCUUGGACCGCAGCGCUGGCCGGGACAGGCACCUGGAGGCCUCCAAGCUUUCCGCCCUGUCUCUGGAGUCUGUGCCCAUGUCACAGCACGACCAAGUCACGGAGAUCACGAUAGGCAACGAAACGAGGCUGGAGAAGUCCAUGCUGGUGGGGCUGCAGCCGCACAGAGUCAACUCAGAGCUGGAGGCAAAUGAAACACUAAAGAUCAUCGAAAUUGACAGACGAGUCAAUGCUACUUCUUAAUAAGAAAAAGAAUCAAAUGUGCACGUGUGCAUACACACAAAGGAACAUUUUUGUUCUUAUCCUGUCAUCAUCUUUCCAGCCGAAGGUGAAACAAACUCAUCACUGUCUGUAGCACAAAGAGCAAGAAGGAGCAUUCAUCUGAGUUCUUCAUUUGCCUGCAAGGAAAUGGCUUUGGCCGGCAUUUCCGGUCCCCACCCCCCCGGCCCUUGCCCCACAAAUCUUUUUUCCUCCUACACCCAGGGAGAAGGAUCGCAAGCAGCCAGUGCUGGGGAGGUGUUGUCGGUGGAGCAGGGUGGAGCAGCCACGUCUCCCAGUUGAAUUGCAGAGUGUGACCUCACCUCACUGAAGCUACGGCAGAUGUCUUGUCUCUGCUUUUACCAUGUUAUGCAAUGUGUAAAAAGGGACAAACAGUGUCUAGAUUCAGCCAGAAUCUGCCUCCUGUGGGUGGAUGAAGGGUGACUUUCCACAGGCUUUUUUUUCUUUUUACAGGGAAAUGUCACCAUGAGGUAGCAAUUCUCAUUAAUGCUUCAGCAAUCAUUUGUUUUUAAUUAUUAUAUUCCCGCAUGGUGAAGCAGAAGCACAAUUUCAAGAUAGGAGAAAUAGAAAUAUAACUACAAGAAACGUAUAUUUUUCCCUCACUAGGAGAAUUGAACUGUAAUAAUAUCAUAUGAUUAUGAUGAAGGUUGGAAUGGACAUUGAAUCCAGUUCUGGCAAAACACUUUGGCAUUCCAGGAAAAGGUCCCCCCAUGUUCAUCACUGAGAUGUGUAGUGUAACCUGAAGAAAGCGCCAGUUGAGCAGUUUUCAUCACUGAUUUUGUUAAUGUCAGAGGUAUGAGCAGGUACAGGAUUAUCUUCACCUCAUUGUGACAUUUCUCUUUACAAAUGGAAAAGCUUGGACUUGCAUUGCAGCAGGUUUUCAUCCAUCUGUCUUUUAACUGAGAGGGAAUGGAAGAAACUUCAGUUCUUUAGAUGAAGCCUUGGCAAGUGGGAGGGUGCUGUUGUCUCCGUCGAUCAAGUAACUUUCAGCUGUAUGUAUGUUUUCAUGUUGCUAUAAAUGGGCCCACAGGAUCCUUUUCUUACCUUCCCUGUGGCAUAGCGUAGAAUAGACAUUGAUAAUAUGGAGAGUGGAUUAUUAGGACCCCAUAUCCUUCAGCCAUUAAAGCUAAUUUUUGUGUGACUUGACUACGAGGAAGGACAUCCCAAGCGCACACACACCACACAAACCCCUUUGGAACCCCUCUUGAUAAUAAAUGGAGAUUCAGACAAAUUCCAGCCAGGAUGGUGGUGUAGUUAGAGCAUUUUUCAGAUCACUCUGUGCCACGUUCACUGGGCAGACGUGGGCCCAUGGGCCAAUUCUCUCUCAGCCUAGCUAAGAGGGUUGGUGUGAGUAUAAAGUAGGCAGGGAAAUUCUUGGACAAAAGAGGGCAUUUAAAUAACCAAGCAGACCAGCAAAUGCAAGUUCUGUUCAGUGCUGAGCAGGGUUGUCCCUCUGAAGACAGUGCAGCAUUUUCUAGGCUGAGGCCUCUCCAGCUUCCAAGCAGUGAAUUAGUGGGGGUUGUUGAGGAAGGCAUGAAAAGACCCCAGGCAUGUGAGACUGCCCAUGAUGAAUGCUUUUCCUCGUCUAUCCCUGCCUUGCAUCUCCCUUCCUUUGUACGAUCAUGUGCAAAGCAGUCGCCAGCAUCCCCUUGUGUGGCUACCUUCCUGCAAGAAAAGAGGUCACUCUCAGUUCACCCUUCGUUUGGGUCUCGUUCGCAUGAGGAAGUGGUGCCGGCUGAACCAGAUCUAAAAGCCAUGUUCAGUUUGUGCCAAUUUCUCACACAAGAGCUCCCUACCCCUUCUCUUGUAAAUAGUAUUUAUUAGUUUUUCCAUGGCUUCAGCUGGCAGCCAGAAUGACAAGCCAAAAUCAUGGAAUCCUUCCAGUGGUUUUGGUGAACUUCUAGGCUCCUGGCAUUAAUUUUUUAAAAGCUGAUGCAAUUGUGUAUUCAUGCUUCUUUCCAUGCUUAGAUGUUCAUAUACGCUUUAGCCAUGCAUAUUCUUGGAGCAAGUGUUGUGGUUAAAAACCAGUGAAAGUUUAACUCUACUGUUUAUCUUGGGCAGUUGCAAACUACAAUAAACUUCUACUUCGGGUGCCAGAGGUCAGUUCUGCACUCAGAAAAUUCAAGAGAUACCUGAUCCUGUUCUCCAAUGAGGAAUAGUUGUUACACUUGCCUCUGUGUGUCAGUUUCCAGGUCAGGCACAGUCCUGUUCACAUCUUUCCAGUGGACACUGAAAAGAAUGUAUGAAUUAUGUUAACUGUAGAAAGCUCCUCCCCAGCUCUGUUCAUUAGCACAGCCAGAGGUCUCUGAUCAGCAUUUUAGCUGUCUGUUUAGAUCCUUCAAAUCAUGUUCUCAGUUACCUUCCUGUGGGAUGUUUUGGGAAUGGCUGUGUAUAGAGUGUCAAACUUGGACAAACAAUGCAUCUCUCAUGCUCUGCAUUCAACUUCAUGACACUGUCUUUUACUGAUUCCACAUCUCUGUUAGCUCUUGCACUUUUAAGAAAUUGGUCUGUGGGACAGAGAAGGAGAAGGCAUUUUUUGAAACUCCACAUUUAUAGCAAUCAAGUGUGAGGUUGGGGACACUUAAAUUGUGUCACUUAAUCAUGGCUUAGUAUGGCAGAUUUCUUUUGCUGUACAUAUGAUUCAGUUCCACUUUUACUGUGCAAAUUAAAAUACGAUCACAAGUGAA